GCUGUGAGAUAUAGUGAAUGCACAUUCGACUUUUUACGCGAUGGACGAAUGUCUUGCGCCGCGCGAAAGUACUUACACAUUGGGCGCACAUGCGCUCUGAAAGAAUUUCAAACCUCUGUGCGCAUUCAGCUCUGGGCGCGUUCUAAAGCCUUGCCGGUUCAAACAGAGCCCCGUCGCAGCAACUGUGGUGCCGACUGCUGUGUCGGCAGUCGAACCAACAGUAAUGCCGCCAAAUCUUUUUACGAUGCAAACCGCACUGCUGCUGCAAGACGUGCGGUACGGCGGCUGCCCCCCCCUCACUCAACGCACGACCACUGUUGUACGAAUUCAACGAAAGGAUGAAAAGGCGUAAGGCAACUGUAGCAACCUUCAAUAUCCCCUCAACAAGCGGCAAUUCUAUAGUCCCCGCCAGGAAGUCCUAUAACCUUUGAGCUGCAACUCUCUGUACUUUGAGCUGCGGCUGACGAAGGCAGCCUCCAGACUGCAGCCAACGGGUGCUUGCUUCGGCGCGGCGGCUGGCGGAAGCAGUUGGAAUGUCGCGACAAGCUCGCGCUCUAUGAUCUAUAAUGCCCAUCGCACAGCCGAUGAUUCCACUGAAGCAGAAGGAGGCAAACCAACCUAAGCAGAAGCAUUAUGAGAUCUGCUCGGAUUUUUGGAUCGGCCCUGGACGCCCCUGGCCGCGCCUCCGGCGCUGGAACCCCAUCCCUGGCGCGCGAAGAGCGCCAAGGAUUGCGCAGGAGGCGAUCAGAGGCGCCGCCAAGGAUGUCCAGCGCCGACUCGAGGAACGCGCGGACCUCCGAAAGCUUAUGUUUAUGCAGAUGUUUCCCCUUCGAGGUAUCAGCGUCCUUGGCCCGCACGCGCCAUCCCUCUGCGCGGUCAUGCAGUGCACUUGGCCCGGCGCAUCAUUGAGCGCUCCAGACGCGCUGCCCUCCAGGGGUGGGGCAGAACAAGACAGCACAAAACUCUGCAAGUGCGCGCCUCUCUAUUCCAGCCGAGGUGCGCCAGUGCUCUCGAAACGGGCAAGGCCUGCUGGGACCACUGGUGCCGCUGGGGGUGGGGGAUGACGACGGCCCAUGCCUCCAGGCCCGGGGGUAGGAGGGGGGGA